AUGAUGACAAUUAGUAAUAUAACAAAAAACCGUAUGUGGAUAUAUGAACGUUUAGAUGACAGAUUUAGUGAAACUCUGACAUGUUGGGUGGUAUUAAGUCAUUGGAUGUUUGGGAAGAAUGAGAUGGAGGCCGGUGACCACAUUACUAUCACUGUUACACCGGAGUGGCAUGGACCUUUAAUAGUAGAAGUUGUAAAGGAGUGUGGGGUGAGUCUUGUGUAUGAAGAUGGAGAGAAGAAGGAUGAAGAAGAAGAUGUGUUGGGUUAUUACAAGUCAUGGAAUCACAUAAUUGGUGGAGAUCUCUCUUCUUUUCAAACAACAACCGGACAAUACAUCUUAGACAACCUCCGGUUUUUUGAUGAUGCUGUUAGAUUGUAUCCACAUCAUCGUAAAUUUGUUCCAGACGGCCCCGAGGAGCAAGAACAAAAGGAAGAAUAUUGGUUCAGAGCUUUAUCCCCAAGGAAGGCUGACAUACUUGGUCGUGCAUGUGAGGAUGUAACAAGAUAAAAGGAGUCAUAAUCUUUCAAUCAAUGCUUGGAAAUGGCAAUAUCAAAAUGUGGUUGGGCUGAUAUGAUGGGAAUUUGUCUUAUUUUCUUUACCUAUUUAAUCUUAAGAGUCAGGAAUUAUGGAUCCCUAUUUCAUCCAUUUAGGGCUCUAAAUUCAGGGUUUUUAGUUGUUAUCAAGGUCUUUUGGUUUUAUUUAUUUAUGUUUAUUUUUAUGUCAAAUACAUGAUAUCUUAAGCAAUUAUUGUCAAAUACAUGUUAACUUCUUUGUAAGAAAAUCCAAAAUUUCAUCACAUCUUUCGGAACCCAACUUUCUUCAGCCCUAAUUUCUAGUUAAUAUACAGCACAUGCACAGGGGUUCGCUUCAUAGUUUAUAUUUCCUCCAAUUAACUUUAUAUAACCUUUGAACUAUUAUUUGACUACCAAAUUAAAGGUCAUUAAAUUCCCUCUAAACAACGGCAAUGGUCCACCACAUUGAAUUGGACUUUAACCAAUAAGCUUUUAGUGUUAUGCUACUUCUCCAUGAACAUCAUGUAUUCCUAAGAUCUUUAAAUUACAACUCUCACUGUUUACAUUUGACCUCCAAGAAUAGACAUAAAUUUAAUAUUUAUCUUUUUUCACUUGAAGCCUUUUCAACUUGCUAACAAGCAAGGGUUUCUGUUACAUGACUCCGCAGCUGAUGCAUUAAAAUUGUUUUAUUGUAGUCUUCUAUUUUUAUGGACAUGUUCUGAUCCUUUUGAUGUUAUUCUUUAACAUGUCCCACAUUUAUUUAGCUGAGUCACAUACAUGUACAAACAAACUUAAAGAGAUAUCGGUGUAUUGUAUUGCCAUCUAUAUGUUUUCAUAACAUUUUGUA